UACAGGCGUGCGCCACCAUGCCUGGCUUGGACUAAAUACUCUUGUAGGUCCUUUAGAUGCUAAGACCAGGUUUUACCCCGACCCUGAGGAGCUUAAUCAUAGCGUGAUUCACAAACAAGACAGGAGAGCUUAAGAUUCGGCAUUCAGCAGCAGAGGCCUGCCUGGCAGCCCCAGCAGUGCGGAAAAAGACAAAAUCAGGCAGAAGGGGUAGUCAGAAAUGACUGUGGUGGUGGGCUCAUCUCUGUGUUCUCUUAGAGUCAUUUCUUGUGUCCCUGGAAGCCCUUGUGUGGCGGCGACCUGCUGCAUGUGGCAGCAGAGAAUGGGACUUGGGCCUUUGAUCAACCCUGUGUGGGACACAGGCCUGACUGUCUUUCCCACCCAAGGGCCUGGAGUUCCAUGCAUGGGGAUGAGGUGUGUAACCCCAGUAGGCCUAAGCUCGACGGGAUUUUGCUGGCCUGCUGUGAGAUUAAAACACUUGGCUUUCCUUGGUUUGCCUUUUCCAGUCUUUUUGUAUUUAUAGGAAUGUGAAUGUGAAUGAAAGAAGAUGGAGUGAAUAACUUGCUGUGCUGUGCUGGCUUACCGGUUUGGGAGGCUGCCUGAGUGUGCAAGUGUUUUUGGUGACUGAGGCCAAGUAGCUCAGUUACACUGUGUCCUCUGUGGAGGGUGGGGACGAUUUAAUCCAGAGACUGGCUUCACUGUAGAAACACAGUUGUAUCAAUGGUUUGGGAAAGAUAGUGGUGACAGGCAGGGGAGAAACAGCUUGGAAACACCAAAACAAUGAGCAUGCUAAAACCAAGCGGGCUGAAGGCCCCCACCAAGAUCCUGAAGCCUGGAAGCACAGCCUCGAAGACACCUACUGCUGGGGCAUCUUCGGUAGAAAAAAUAACAUCUAGUGAAAAAGCCUCAAGCACUCCAUCCUCUGAGACACAGGAGGAAUUUAUUGAUGACUUUCGCGUUGGGGAACGUGUGUGGGUGAAUGGAAAUAAGCCUGGAUAUAUCCAGUUCCUUGGGGAAACCCAGUUUGCACCAGGCCAGUGGGCUGGGAUCGUUUUAGAUGAACCCAUAGGCAAGAACGAUGGUUCGGUGGCAGGAGUUCGGUAUUUCCAGUGUGAACCUCUAAAGGGCAUAUUUACCCGCCCCUCAAAGCUAACGCGGAAGGUGCAAACAGAAGAUGAAGCCAACGGCCUGCAGACGGCUCACGCGUCCAGAGCGGCUUCACCUCUGUCCGCUUCCGCAGCCAGCGCGGUGGGCUCCUCCCUCACCACCCCUUCACAUGUUCCCCAUAAGUCUUCCCAGCCCACAGCCAAGGAGCCUGCGGCCACACCUCCCAUCAGCAACCUCACGAAAACCGCCAGUGAGUCGAUCUCCAACCUGUCAGAAGCCGGCUCCAUCAAGAAGGGAGAACGCGAGCUCAAAAUUGGAGACAGGGUGUUGGUUGGUGGUACCAAGGCUGGUGUAGUCCGAUUUCUUGGGGAGACCGACUUUGCCAAGGGGGAAUGGUGCGGUGUGGAGUUAGACGAACCUCUUGGGAAGAAUGAUGGUGCUGUUGCUGGAACGAGGUAUUUUCAGUGUCAGCCCAAGUAUGGCUUGUUUGCUCCGGUCCACAAAGUGACCAAGAUUGGCUUCCCUUCCACCACGCCAGCCAAAGCCAAGGCGGCCGCCGUGCGACGAGUGAUGGCCACCACGCCCGCCAGCCUGAAGCGCAGCCCGUCUGCCUCGUCCCUCAGCUCCAUGAGCUCGGUGGCCUCCUCUGUGAGCAGCAAGCCCAGCCGGACAGGACUGUUGACUGAGACCUCCUCCCGCUACGCCCGCAAGAUCUCGGGCACCACUGCCCUCCAGGAGGCGCUGAAGGAGAAGCAGCAGCACAUUGAACAGCUGCUGGCUGAGCGGGACCUGGAGCGGGCCGAGGUGGCCAAGGCCACCAGCCACGUGGGGGAGAUAGAGCAGGAGCUAGCCCUGGCUCGGGACGGGCAUGACCAGCAUGUCCUGGAAUUGGAGGCCAAGAUGGACCAGCUGCGGACAAUGGUGGAAGCAGCUGACAGGGAGAAGGUGGAGCUUCUUAACCAACUAGAAGAGGAAAAAAGGAAGGUUGAGGACCUUCAGUUCCGGGUUGAAGAAGAAUCAAUUACCAAAGGCGAUCUUGAGCAAACGAAACAUAUUUCUGAAGAUCCUGAGAAUACGCAGACCAAACUGGAGCAUGCCCGCAUUAAGGAGCUUGAACAGAGCCUGCUCUUUGAAAAGACCAAAGCUGACAAACUCCAGAGGGAGUUAGAAGACACUAGGGUGGCUACAGUGUCAGAAAAAUCACGUAUAAUGGAACUAGAGAAAGACCUAGCGUUGCGAGUGCAGGAAGUAACUGAGCUCCGAAGAAGGCUAGAGUCCAGUAAGCCUGCUGGGGAUGUGGAUAUGUCGCUUUCCCUUUUGCAAGAGAUAAGCGCUUUGCAAGAAAAGUUAGCGGUCACCCGUACAGACCACCAGAGAGAAGUGGCUUCUCUGAGGGAGCACUUUGUAGCCUGUGAAGAGACGUAUCAGAAGGAGAUAAAGACUCUGCACUCGGCCACGGAGAAGCUUUCCAAAGAAAACGAGUCCUUGAGAAGCAAGCUGGACCAUGCCAACAAGGAGAAUGCAGAUGUGAUAGCGCUGUGGAAGUCCAAGCUCCAGACUGCCAUUGUGUCUCACCAGCAGGCCAUGGAGGCGCUGAAGGUGUCCUUCAAAGGGCUUGGGACGGAGACGGCAGAACUGGCCGAGUUAAAGACACAGAUAGACCAACUGAAAGUAGAUUACCAGCAAGAAAUAGAAAAUUUGCAGAAUAAACAAGACUCUGAACGGUCUGCGCAUGCUAAAGAGAUGGAAACCUUGCGGGCUAAACUGAUGAACAUCAUUAAAGAGAAGGACAGCAGCCUGGAGGCCAUCAAAUCCAAGCUGGACAAAGUGGAGGACCAGCACCUGGUAGAAAUGGAGGACACAUUAACCAAAUUGCAGGAAGCUGAAAUAAAGGUAAAGGAGCUAGAGGUACUGCAAGCCAAAUGCAAUGAACAAACCAAGGUUAUUGAUAAUUUUACAUCGCAGCUCAAGGCUACUGAGGAAAAGCUCUUGGAUCUCGAUGCUCUUCGGAAAGCCAGUUCCGAAGGUAAAUCGGAAAUCAAGAAACUUAGACAGCAGCUUGAGGCAGCUGAGAAACAGAUUAAAACUUUAGAGAUUGAAAAGAAGGCCGAAAGUGGCAAGGCUAGUAGCAUUACCAAAGAGCUCCAGGGGAAAGCGCUAAAGCUCACUAGCCUGCAGGACAGUCUGAGUGAAGUCAGUCAAGGGAAGGAGGCUUUGGAAAAAGAACUCCAGAUUUUGAAAGAAAAGUUUGCUGAUGCUUCGGAGGAGGCUGUCUCUGUUCAGAGAAAUACGCAAGAAACUGUGAAUAAGUUACGCCAAAAGGAGAAAGAGUUUGACCAGCUGUCCUCUGAACUGGAGACCCUGAGAGGAAAUUUAGCAGAUAUGGAGGCAAAAUUUAGAGAGAGAGAUGAAAAAGAAGAGUACUUGCUAAAGGCAAAGGAAAAAUUGGAAAAUGACAUUGCUGAGAUAAUGAAGAUGUCAGGAGAUCAUUCUCGGCUAACAAAAAUGAAUGAUGAAUUACGUCUGAAAGAAAGAUGUGUAGAAGAAUUACGGCUACAGCUUACAAAGGCUAAUGAAAACGCAAGUGCUCUGCAGAGAAGUAUUGGGGAGAUAACUCUUAAAGCCGAGCAGAGCCAGCAGGAAACAGCCAGAAAGCACGAGGAAGAAAAGAAAGUACUGGAGAAGAAAUUGCUGGACCUGGAAAAGGAGAUGGAAACGAGCCACAAGGAGCGUCAGGGUCUGAAAGCCAGGUACGAAAAGGACAGUUCCCCGACAAAAACACAGCACGAAGAAACCCUGCAGAACCUGCAGAAGACGCUGCUGGACACAGAGAAGAAGCUGAAGGCUGUCCAAGAGGAGAAUAGAGGCUUGGUGCAGGAGCUGGAAGAGCUGCAGAUGCAGGCCGACAAAGCCAAAUCGCUAACUUACUUGUUAACAUCAGCCAAAAGAGAAAUUGAACUAAUGUCAGAAGAGCUGAGGGGUCUGAAAUCAGAGAAGCAGCUUCUCGCACAGGAGGGAAAUACUUUAAAGGUAGAAAAAGGCUCACUUUUAACAAAGCUUGUUGAAGUGGAGACCAAAAUAACUUUGCUUCAGCAAGAUCAGCAGAAACUAUGGUCAGUAAACAAAACUCUUAAUUUAGAGAAGGAGAAAGCCUUAGAAGAGAAGGAAGCUACUGAAAAGCUUUGCCAGCAGGAACAGCUUGAUAAAGAAGCUUUGGAUAAAGAGAGAACAAAAUUGCUUAAUGAAAUCAAUGUUGCCCAGGAAGAGCUCUUGAAGAUACAUGUGGAAAACAGUUCUUUACAAACUUCCACAGCAAGCAUGCAGGUGCUCAUCGAUGAGCUCCGGCUCUGCAAAGACACUCUGAUGGUGGAAGCCGAGAGGGCCCGGGCAGAAAAGGGCCGCCUGGAGGAUCAGGUGAAGAAGCUCACUGCUGAAAACCUCGGCUUGGUGAAAGACAAGGAUGAUGUCAUCCAGAAGCUUCAGAGCGCUUAUGAGGAGCUUGUUAAAGAUCAGAGGGCCUUGGUCCAGGAGAUUGAGGCACUCACAGCUGAAAAAGUGGCAGCGGCCGAGAAGCAAUCAGGCCUCGACACAGCAUUCCGGGCCCUAACAGCAGAACGAGAGAGCCUUCUCCUGAGCAACAGAGACUUGCAGUUUGAGAAGGACUCACUGCGUCAAGAUCAGGAAAAGCUGAGUGCCAGCCUGGAGGCCACCCUGCAGGUCAAACAGCUGCUCGGCACAGAAACUGGGGUGCUGCGCACGCAGCUGGACUGCGCCAGCAAAGCGCUGAGGAAGGCCGAGCUGGAGACCAGGCAGCUGCAGACCACCAACAUGAGCCUCUCGCAGCUCCUGGAAGAGAUCAAGGCCAGCCGGGCUGUCACGGACUCAGAGUGCAUUCAGCUUCUCUAUGAGAGAGAGACUUGGGCCGCCUCCGAGAGGAGGCUCCUGGCUGAGAAGGAGGAACUUUUGAGUGAAAAUAGGAUCAUCUCAGAAAAACUUAACAAGCAAUCGCAGGAGGCCACCCAAAUUGAGAUAAGCUUGAAUGAGAAGAUCACACACCUAACGUCUGAGAAGGAGGUGGCUUGUCAGAAAAUUACUCAGCUUAAAAAGCAGCAAGAAAGUCUCUUAAAAGAAAAAUCAGGAUUGGAAAUACAAAAUGGGGAUUUACUUGCAGAGAGAGACAAUUCCAUCAAAGCCAUAGGAGAAUUUAAGAGGAAAUAUGACCAAGAGGCUGCAAGCAGAAGAAUACUUGUGCACGAGAAGAUGAAACUACUUAGUGAUGUUGAUGCUCUCAAGAAGGAGAUUGAGGCGAAGGAGAAGGAAAACCAAGCGCUAGCGGCCAGCAAGUGUGACCUCUCUUUGAUGCUGAAAGAGACGCAGAAUGCCAAAAGGAAUCUUGAGAAAGAGCACACCACUGUGAUGCAGGCAAAGGAGAACCUGAACGCUGAGCUGAAGACGUGUUGCUGUGAGAAGAGCAUUUUGCUGAGGGACGGCUUGAGCCUGCAAGAGGAGUGUCAGAAAUUAAACGAGGAGCUCCAUGAAACGCAGCAGGCCUUAGUCGUGGAAAAAGAAGCCAGAGCAAAGGAAAAAGAAUCGUCCUUGUAUGAAAACAAUAAACUGCACGGGAGACUGGUGGUCCUGGAGCAGGAGGUGGAGGGGUUAAGAGUAUGUACCGAGCAGCUGCAGUCUGAGAAGUUUGUGCUCAUCCAAGAAAAGACCAAGUCCGAGCAGAAGGUGGUGGAGAUUAUCAAGGAAAAGGAGCUCUUGAGUGCAGAAACAGCUGAACUCGCUGCCAAGAUAGAGACCCUGAAAAAUGAUUUUGCCACCUUGUCCAAGUCGAAGCUGGAGCUGCAGGAACUGCACAGCUGCCUCACCAAGAUCCUGGACGACCUCCAGCUGAAGCACGAGGUGACUGUGGCCGAGAGAGCCAAGGUCAUGCAAGACAACAAGAACCUCCUGGCUGAGAAAAGAGAAAUGAUGCUGAGAAGGGAGGAGCUCUUGAAGGAGAAGGAAAAGCUGGAAGAAAGCUACUUCAUCCUCCAGAAAGAGAUUAGCCAGCUGGCCAAAACCAACAGCCACAUUUCAGCCAAUCUCCUAGAAUCUCAAAAUGAAAACCGUACUUUGAGGAAAGACAAGAGCAAACUUACCCAUAAAAUUAGAGAGCUUGAGACUCUUCAUUCAUUCACGGCGGCUCAGACUGCAGAAGAUGCCAUGCAGAUAAUGGAACAGAUGACCAAGGAGAAGACCGAGACUCUGGCCUCCUUAGAGGACUCGAAGCAAACAAAUGCGAAACUGCAGAACGAAUUGGACACACUCAAAGAGAACAACUUGAAAAAUAUGGAGGAGCUGAACAAAUCCAAAGAACUUCUGACUGUAGAGAAUCAGAAAAUGGAAGAAUUCAGGAAAGAAAUAGAAACCCUAAAGCAGGCGGCAGCUCAGAAGUCGCAGCAGCUUUCGGCAUUGCAGGAAGAGAACGACAAACUUGCCGAGGAGCUAGGGAGAAGCAGGGACGAGGUCACAAGUCAUCAAAAGCUGGAAGAAGAGAGAUCCGUACUCAAUAAUCAGUUGUUAGAAAUGAAAAAGAGAGAAUCUGAGUACAUAAAAGAGGCCGAUGAAGAGAAAGCUUCCUUGCAGAAAUCCAUCAGUGUCACUAGCGCCUUGCUCACGGAGAAGGAUGCAGAGCUGGAGAAGCUGAGGAAUGAGGUCACUGUGCUCAGGGGAGAAAACGCUUCUGCCAAAUCCUUGCAUUCCGUUGUUCAGACUCUCGAGUCUGAUAAGGUGAAGCUUGAGCUCAAGGUAAAGAACUUGGAGCUUCAACUCAAAGAAAACAGGAGGCAGCUCAGCAGCUCCUCAGGUAAUACUGAUACGCAAGCAGAAGAGGAUGAGAGGGCCCAGGAGAGUCAGCAAAUGAUUGAUUUCCUAAAUUCAGUAAUAGUGGACCUUCAGAGGAAGAAUCAGGACCUCAAGAUGAAGGUGGAGAUGAUGUCUGAAGCAGCUCUCAACGGCAACGGGGACGACCUGAACAGUUACGACAGUGAUGAUCAGGAGAAGCAGUCCAAAAAGAAACCCCGGCUCUUCUGUGACAUCUGUGACUGCUUCGAUCUCCACGACACAGAGGACUGCCCCACGCAGGCGCAGAUCUCCGAGGACCCGCCCCACUCCACGCACCACGGCAGCCGGAGCGAGGAGCGGCCCUACUGUGAGAUCUGUGAGAUGUUUGGGCACUGGGCCACCAACUGCAAUGACGACGAGACUUUCUGACGCAGCCUCGGGGCGGGGCUCUCCGAGGCGCCUGCGCUUACGCAGUUGGACACCAGCUUCGGCGUCGUGUGCGUGGCUUCAGGAGAACUCACGUUAUUUUUGACUCCAGCAAAUCUAAGAAAAUAUUUUGGUCUUCCACAGAUUGUCCUUUAGUCUCCCCUUAUAAGUUAGAAUAAAUAAGUAUUUAGUAGGUGAGCUUUCACCUCUACUUUGGUUUUCUUAGUUUUUAAAUUUGAAGAUGUUGCACCAGGUGCCAUUACAUUUAUUGUCCUUAGGGAAACUUUGUAGAACAAGCCCUACCCUUUCAACACCUUAUUUAAGAAACUUUAAAUUAUGCCGUUACUUUUCAUAUUUGCACUAAAAUAUUUUCAGGCUGCAUUUGUAUAUUUAGGGUUUUUGAGUUAAGCUUUGACACUGGAAUGAGUUGCAAAAAAUACACCGUUUUGCAUUUUCAUUUACUCAGAGUAUUUUAUUCUUCAAGGAAUAUUGAGCUCUUUGCACUACCUGUUACAGUAGUGCCUUUUUUCGGGCCUGACAAUACUUCCAUGGGGUUAUACAUCAUGAAACAGGUAAAGGGAGGAGAAGCCCCCUGUUGCUUUGGGGACAUUUUACAAUCUAUAUGCUGCACCCACCUACUUCGACUGUGGUGUUUCCUCUACUGAUUUUACAUAAUUUCAACUUCUAUAUAUGUAUAUAUAUUUUAAAAGAUCUAUAUUUUGGAGUAAAAACACAGUGUGUCUUUCUUUUCAGAUUUUUACUAAGUAAAGGAAAACACCUAAAAUGAUGGCCAGGAUGCAACAGACGAGGCCAGUAAUGGUGUCAUGUGGCUUUACAACUACAGUUGUUUUGAUACCAGGAAUCAAUGCAACUACAGUAUUUUUUUGUUUCCAUUUUGUUUUUUGUUUUUUGUUUUUUAACCAGAUCUAAAUAACUGGAAAGAUUUUUUCCCAUUUUUUUUCAUUCAGUAGCAGAUAUCCCCCGCACUGAAUUAAGCCACUAUAAAACACCUAAAUCUACAAUCUUCCUUUACAAUUUGUUUUUACUGUUUUUAGAUGAAUGUAUGAUGAGAAAGUCAACAUUAAUAAUUAUGGAUUUUCUUAUCACAAAAAAAUAAAGGACCUCAAGCACCAGAACAGUUUUAUCAACAGUCAGAAUCUAUUUAUCAUUUGAAUGUCUUCUAGAAUAUGUAAAAAGUAAUAAAAUAUAUCUUCCAUCCACAUGUAUAAUAAGAAUUUCUAUAAUUGUAUAUAUGCCUCUCAUGUAUUCCCCCCGAGAUUUUCAACUGUGUGUUUGACAAGUGAAUAAAUCUGUUAUCAGUUGAAAUUUUUGGUUGAUAACAUAAAAAGGAUUGUUUCACAGGCAGAAAACAUGUCAAGCAGUAUUAAAAUCUGAGCAAACAAGUAUUCUGUAUCUACUUUAAUAAAAUGGUUACUAUUAUUUUUGCCAAUAGUA